AUGAAGUGGCUCGUUUCUCUCGUCGCUUUCGCUGCUAUCCAGAUCGUCUCUGGCGCGCCUGAGCUCGUCAAAAGGGCGUCACCGUCCGAUGUUGCCAACCUCGGUUACGCGACUUUGAACGGCGGAACCACUGGCGGCGCGGGCGGGACCACCACCACAGUCUCCUCCCUUGCUGCCUUGACUGCUGCAGUCAGUGGCACCUCCAAAAAAAUCGUCAUCGUCUCUGGGACAAUCACAGGCAACACCGUCGUAAAGGUUGGAAGCAACACGUCCGUUCUCGGGAAAUCAGGAGCUUCUCUCGUCGGUGUUGGCCUGCGCGUCCUGGACUCGUCGAACGUCAUCAUCCGCAACCUCAAGAUCUCCAAGGUUUUGGCUGAUGCUGGCGAUGCGAUUGGCGUUCAGAACUCGAACAAGGUCUGGCUCGACCACCUUGACCUCUCCAGCGACAGAGACCACGACAAGGACUACUACGACGGUCUUCUCGAUCUCACCCACGGCGUCACCGAAAUCACUGUCACCUGGAACAAGCUCUCCAACCAUUGGAAAGGUUCUCUCGUUGGCCACUCUGACAGCAACGGAUCCGAGGACACCAAGAUCACCGUUACCUACGCCUACAACUACUUUUCCAACAUCAAUUCGCGCACACCGUCGUUCCGCUUUGGCCGUGGCCACAUCUUCAACAACGUCUUCGACAAUAUCGGCGAUGGAAUCAACACCCGCGCUGGUGCACAACUCCUCGUCGAGAACAAUGUCUUCAGUAACGCCAAAAAGCCCCUCUAUUCGACCGACGGUGGUUACGCUGUAGCUCGUGGUAACGACUUUGGUGGUGUCGCCAACACGGCCCCCGCCGGCACCUUCACCUCCGCGCCAUACUCUUACAGCCUCACCGCUGUUGGCAGUGUAAGGUCCUCCGUCGUUUCGGGGGCCGGUCAGACCUUGUCCUUCUAG